CUAUCCACACAAAUCAAAGUUUCUAUUUUAUAAUCAGCAGCUUAGCAUUUGUAAGCGUCUCUGGGAAAAUCCAGAGCCAUGGCUGGAAUAUGGUGGCUGAUUAUGUUAUUUCCCAUGUUAUUAAUUGCCCCCAUUAGAGCAGAUCCAGAAACCAGACAUUUAGCCUACGGAUGCAGCCCUGUCCCCAAUGGCAACGCCACACUCUUUGCGCAAAAUUUGAAGGAGGCUCUCGAUUAUGUGGUGGAAAAUGUUGUUCCAUCUGGAUUUGCUCAAAAAAAUGUGGUGGGAGCAUCAGAUCUGGCAAGAAGAAGGUGAGUUCUACAGCAUGGAUAAUAAUUGGUGUUGUGGGAGGAGUAUUCAUACUUGGCCUUAUAACUUGUCUCCUCCUCUUCAGGAAGCAGAUAAUGCCCCCAAGCCAGAAACAAGUGGAUACUGAAGGAGCAACAGAACUUCGUGGGCCGGGAGAUUUUGACUUCAAGAUUCUGAAAAAGGCAACCAACAAUUUUGAUGAAGCGAAUAAGCUUGGAGAAGGAGGGUUUGGUCAAGUAUUCAAGGGUACGUUGAAAAAUGGCAACAUUGUGACCAUAAAGAAACUAACAUUAGGUCGCUCUCCCCGCGCAAUUGCUGAAUUCGAAAGCGAGGUGAAACUCAUUUCUAAUGUUCAUCACAAAAAUCUUGUGCGUUUACUUGGAUGUUGCAGACAAGGCCAAGAAAGGCUCUUGGUUUAUGAGUACAUGCCCAACAGCAGCCUCGACAGAAUAAUAUUUGGAGAACAUGAAAAGCCUUUGAGUUGGAAAGAAAGGUUCAACAUUAUCCUAGGCACUGCUCGAGGUUUGGCUUAUCUUCAUGAGGAAUUCCAUGUCUGUAUCAUCCAUCGUGAUAUUAAAUCCAGCAACAUAUUACUUGACGAAAACUUCCAGGCAAAAAUAGCAGAUUUUGGGCUGGCUAGACUUCUUCCACAUGAUAAAAGUCAUCUUAGCACAAAAUUUGCAGGAACCUUAGGAUACACGGCUCCUGAAUAUGCUAGCCAUGGACAAUUAACAGAGAAAGCUGACACCUACAGCUUUGGUGUGGUGGUUCUUGAAAUUGUCAGUGGCAGAAAAAGCAUAGACUUGAAUCAGCCACCUGAUAUGCAAUAUUUGCUAGAAUGGGUUUGGAGCCUACACGAAGAAAACAAGGUUUUAGAGAUGGUGGAAAGCGAAGAGAAGAUGGAAGGGUAUAAUGAAGAAGAGGUGGUGAGGGUGAUAAACCUUGCGCUUAUGUGCAUACAAGGUUCUGCCACUCAUAGGCCAUCAAUGUCUGAGGUUGUGACAAUACUGUUAAGUAAAGCUGAGAUUGAUUUUCAGAAACCUCUGCAGCCAGCAUUCGUAGACGUGGGAUACAAAGUACGUGGAGAAAGUUCCCCUCCAUCAUCUCAAUCAAAUGCUACUAUUACAGAAUCUCUUAAUGCUCGUUAGUAAUGGUUAUGGUUAUUUCUCUUGUUUCAAUGGACACAUGGAAAGUAGCAAGGAAGGAUGGAUUGUUAAGUUCUAGCUAAUUAUAUAGUUACCUCUUACUUUCAGAAAGGAUCGAAAUAUUAUAAUAUAUAAUUUUCCUUUCCAUCUUUAAAUGAAACCAUGAAAACUUUCAAAAGAGAUGUGUAUCUCAUUCAAAUUUGUGAAUUUAUAUGUUGGAUAAAUGUUGUAUAUCAACUAUAUUUUA